AUGCCAAGGACGCAAAGUCCAAUCAUCCGUACGGUUACGCCUAUCUUCACAAACUGUUCUUCUAAACCAACACAAGUGGUAUCCGAUGCUGAAGAGACGAUGGCAACGAUGACAUCUACGACUCAGCUUGUUUCUCGGUUAGGCGAAGCACAACGUGAGAUAGCUCGGCUGAGUGACGAACUUGCGGAGGUUGGGCGACAUACACGCCGACCUGAAGUGAUUGGCCAGGAGGGUGAGGUAGAAGAGUCUGAAGAGGCGCAUAGACAGGCCAAUGAGGUCACUCAGCUAGAAGAUCCACAGAGCUUGAAGAACGGCUUAGCCCAGCCCGCACAUAAUUUGCUUCAUGGCGGGACUCUACCCAGUAUACUUGGCCAUAUCGGACAUACUACUCGGUAA